GGGUGGUAGUGGGGUGAUAGGGAGAAGGGAGGGGUGUAUAUAAACGGAGGCCAACGGGCAUUCACAAUCCCACGGUCUGCUAGUGCUUCAUCACCAGCUGCCUUCAGCCCACAGUCUGCAGCCAUGGCGUUCAACGGUACCUGGAAGGUCGACCACAGCGAUAACUAUGACAAGUUCAUGGAGCAAAUGGGUAUUAAUCUGAUGAAGCGCAAGCUGGCGGAGCACGACAACCUGAAGAUCACCAUCGAGCAGACCGGGGACAAGUUUCACAUCAAAGAGUCCAGCACCUUCCGCACCAAAGACAUCGACUUCACCCUGGGUGUCCCGUUUGACUACAGCCUGGCCGAUGGCACUGAAGUCACAGGUUCAUGGGAGAUGGACGGAGACAUGCUGAAAGGCAAAUUCACCAGGAAAGACAACAACAAGGUCCUGACCACCACUAGAGCUCUGGUGGGAGGAGAGCUCGUACAGAGUUAUAACUAUGAAGGGGUGGAUGCUAAGAGGACUUUCAAGAAGCAGUAACCUGAAGUCCGAAGUUCAUAUUUUAUUUUUAUAUAGAUGACACAAUAUAGAUCUGCUGUUGGGUUUUUUCUAACGAUAAGACAUGGCCAAGUCAAGUGUAUUCUACAUUAAAUACCUCAAAAAUGUUGACAUUUACAGAGUUUUAAGGGAAGAAUAGUUGACCGCACCGUAAUUACCGUUGUAAAAAAAAGUCUGGAAAAAGUAUUUAAGGGUGACAACUGAAGAGCCGUGUAAGAGGAAAACAGCACAAGCAGCCAAUAAGAAGUCUAACGGAGAACGCCGUCACCAUGUAAGCCUAAUGUGCAUAGAAAGAAUCUUAACAACCAGUAUCCCAGAAAUGGCCAAAGCCUCUUGUGGUAUCCAGUCAUGAUGGCUUGUUUUUCUUUGCUCAGAUUUGAGAUAUUUGUCUCCGAGAGUUAUAAUUCCACCCCGAUACCAAAGAGGACAAUGGAAUUUUGUUUGUGUUUCUCCCUGCAUUGAAAAAUGCCAUUUUAAAAAAAAGUUAACAGUAGCUUAUAUUUUUUUGGUAACAAUGUCCCCGUUACUAGUGAUAAUCCGGAGAAUAUGUGGCAGUUUUCAGAGGGACUUCUUCAUUGGUACAAUGUGGUUCUGAUGAACAUCUUUAUGGAUUAUCCGAGGUAACUGGUGCAUUGUUCCUGGAAAUAUUUGCCACUGUUGAAUUUCUUUUUCAUGUCAUUUUCAACACUGCGAGCAAUGCCAAUGGAAAUUCUUCCACUUCAGUGGUUUUGGGGUGAAGGCAGAAAUCUUAGACGCAAAUAUCUAAAAAUCUGAACAAAAACCAACAAUUUACGAACUUACCCUUUAAAUUUCUCCAACAGUACAGAUUGAGCACAUCUCAUUUAAAUUUGACUUCACUGUGCUGUUAACGGCCUUGAGAAAAAACUUUAGUGCCACACUUGACUGCACUAUCAUGAGUGAAAGCAGCACAAUAAAGAUGCCACAUGAUAGCCAAUUUGCACUAAUUGUUUUGUGUAUCACAUAGUUUGUAACAAUAAAGCAACUUUCAUGUGUCACUUGA